GCACAACCCUGUGAAAGCUGUUAGUAAGUUAAGUACGGCAAGAUUUGUACUAAAGCUAUUGAAGUGACUAAUAAAAUAAAUAUAGCAACCUGUCAUCUAAUACAAUAAAUAAUGGAUGGUUUUAUCACAUAAGUAAUUUCAAGAAUGACUCCUUAAAUUUUCGAACUGCAUAAUUAAGGAAUGUGUGCCCCUUGUCUCCAGUUCGUCAUCUGAGGCAUCGCACAACUCAGCUAGAGACCUAGCAGGCUUCAGACUAGUUGAAGCUAAGCUAUUUUCUUCAGUCAAAUCUUCACUGCUAUACAUCAUAGACAUGGACCUCGCUGGCUUCAAAUUCGUUUCUACCACUGCUUCCCUCUCCAAAGCUGCCAUUAAAUCAGGCUGCGACUUCCUUCGCUCCCUCCUGAGUUCCUCUUCCCUCUUUUGAAACUCUUGUAGCUCCCUUUUCAUUUUUUCCUCAGCUGGAAUAAACCCAUUUCGGAUCGGUUUCCCCGCCUCUAUGGUAACUCUCGCCGGUUCUUCGAAGACUUGAUCGGACGUCCAUGCCGUUUGGGGCUCAGUUUUCGGCCUCAUGUUCACCAUGUUGAGCUUCCCACGCAUUUUUAAGAAUUUCUGCAUCACGCCCUUGGAGGAAGUAUUUGGGGCAAACCGUCGGGUGCUACUUGUGUUUGUCACAGGAGGUUUAGGGACUGCCGUACCGUUAGUUAGCGGAAUGCGUGGGGGCUGUGUCGGUUCGGGACUAGGAGUUUGGUACCCGUUUACAUGCACGUCGGGGUCAUUGUUGUUAAGUAUGUUGUAUUUUUUGCGUAAUUCUUCUUCGCGUUUGAGGGUCUCUUGGAUUUCCUGCUGGAUACGGUCCAGAGUUUCGUUUCCUGUCGAUUCCAUGUUUUAAUCAGGACACCUGUUGAUGAACUUGUAAUAAAGCACCCACUAACACAUAUCUUACCUCUACGGCUAACAAGCACUGACAUCACUUCACUUUUUGGCAGCCAUCGUUAUCUCUAAUUAACGCUUUUUAUCAAUACCUAACACGGUUUAAAGUAUGCUUGCGCGGCACAAAGAUUUCAUGAGAGAUAAAAACCGUUGUUGGGUGUAUUUUGGGUUGCCUGUCUUAGAAAACUCAGACGUACGUCGAUGAUUGUUUCAAACCAACUUUAUUAAAAACAAUAAAAUUUUACUUAGUUUUAUAAAGUAGACCAUUUACAGAGACUUAAAAUAGUAACGUUUUGCCUCUCAGAAGUGAGCUUCUUUGAUCGUAAAAGAAUUUUGAUGAUUCUCAACGAUGGUCUUAGUAACCACAUACGUCCCCUGGUACAAAUUUUUGGAAAUAUCUGUCACAGAGGUCAUGGACCAGGAUCCCAUUUACAGGUUCAAAAAGUAGAACACUCAUGGUAUUGCACCCAUGGUACAGUUAUUUAAAUAACAUUUAGUGUCUUCUGAACACUAGAUGGCGCCCAUUCUAACGUCGAUAACUGACAUUUCACAGUGACAUACUUUCCAGAAGCAAGUGAAAAAUUGCAGUGAUGACUUUAAUAAAUCCAGACGAGUUUAAAAACCAGAACAGUGAUGGGGGUCCUGACGCCUCCAUUAAGGUGCGUACCCCCAAACGUAUAUUACACUUCAGCGACGGCAUUUUGGAAGAAUACAGCGAUGAUGAAGUUGACAACACCCCUCAACAAGAACAGGCCUUGGUUGAUCCCACUUCUUUAACGUGGGGGCCCUGGCUAUGGUACAAGACUUGGCGUGCAGGUGCCAGCACGUUGGCGGUGGUGGACUCAAUGGGGGAGUUUUUAGCUGCAUUUUUCGGGAUUACCACCCCCAAGUAUUACUUUGAAUUAGAAGAGUACAAGAGGAGAGAAGCGGAGAUGAAAGCUGAAGACGAACAAAAGAAAGGAUGGUCUGAAGCUCCUAAUACUGAGGGUUUUAAACUGAAUGAGAUUACUACGAAACAACCACAACCUGUGGACGUUUAAGGGAUGUUUCAGGUGUUACAAAUAUUUGUUGUUGCUGAUUGGAAGAUAUUUACUCAACGCUUAUUGAGUGCAAUUUUCUGUAGAAUAAUAAUUAUAUCCGAUUUAUUAAUUUUAUAAAGAAGUAUAUUUACACGCAUAUUUUACUAAAGCUUACAUUCUUUAGGAAACAAUAAUUAAAACGUGAUACAUGUAUACUUAUGUUAUAUGUACUUAUAUAUACUUACUUAUGACCGUGAUCU